CAACGCUUUCCGGACGCUUCUGCAGGACGGACCGUGCGAACUCAUAUCCAGUCCGCCGAGAACUAGUGACGCCGUGACUAUACUGCAGUACAAAACAACUUUACAAUGGACUGUAAGGAGGAAAUAGACCUCUCAGCACCUGGGCCUUCAGUAAUAGAGCGCUAUUUUACAAGGUGGUACAAAGCAGAUGUGAAGGGACAGGCGUGUGAAGACCACUGCAUCUUACAGCAUUCAAACAGAUUAUGUGUCCUCACCUUAGCAGAGACUCACCCCAUCCUUCAGGACGGCCGGACUAUCAAAAACAUUAACUAUAAGAUCAGCAACGGUUGCAGUCGGCUCAACAAUAAAGUAGCUGGGAAGUCCAAGCGGGGGGGGCAAUUCCUUACAGAAUUCGCACCUGUAUGUAGGAUAACAUGUACAGAUGAAACUGAAUACACAAUCUACAGCUGUAUGCGAGGACGUCUCCUUGAGGUCAAUGAAGACAUAUUGAUAAAUACAUCUCUCUUGCUGAAAAAGCCAUCCACGGACGGAUACAUCGCCGUCAUCCUGCCGAAGUUUGAGGAGAGCAAGCUGGUGGGUGAGAACCUCCUGAGCAGAGAGGACUUUGAAGCGGUGGUUUCCAAAAGAGCUGCCGACGUCCAGGCCCAGCCAAGCUGAUGCUGGUAGCCUUGGGUUAGGGCCGGUCUUUGGGUUGGUUCUCCAGGUACCCCACCUCCUACCUCCACCACCGCCACAGUGCUCUGAAUACGAGUACUGGGGACUCGUUUGUCGCUGGACUGUAGGAUAUAAUGUGAGCCAGGACUAGGAUCCCUGGGAGGUGAACUUGUGUGUUGAGAAGAGGUCUGCUUGUACAUCACAAUUUACUUUUUGCUUUUUAAUAUAUUUUUUUCAAGUGCUGAUGAGCCACAAAUGUUCAAGGAAUGUUUAUUUUGUGUAAUGUUUCUAUCAAUUCAAAGCAGCUUCAUAUGCAGGUUCCAGUACAUAUAAAAGCAACUGCUUUACUGUACAUAACAUUUGCUGAAAACAAUGCCAAUUAUUAGAAAUACAACCUUUUGGAAAAAAUAAAUAAACAAUGAUUUAAAAAAAAAUA